AUGGAUAACGUGGAGAAGCAGAGAGACGUCGCUCAAAUCCUGCUCACAAAGUCUCUGGCUGAACGUUUGAGGAUCAUCUCUAGCCUGGACCCAGUCCAAUGGACAAACGGUGCCGUUUACGCCGUUAUGGAGCUCUUUCUUUGUCUCGUCCUCGUUGUUCACGUGAUUCUCGCAAGGAUGGUGUCUCCAGCAGUGACGUCUCUAGCCGCCGUCAUCCCGGUUUGGCAGCUGGUUCGACGGUCCGGUUGGCGAACCUGGUUCAAGGUUGGCGUUUGGUGGUGUGGUAGUGGGGGAGGGGGAAGAGACCGACGACGGGGUUCUCGAAUGGGACGUGCUGAUGGGACAGGAACCAGGAACGUCCGAGCGGAGCUUCAGCUCAGGUUUGGGGGCUCAGUGGAGUCGGCAUCCCUCGGCAUGGCUCGUACGGACGAACUCCGAUUUCUUUCUGCGGCUACGAAGUACGGAUACCAUCACAUCAUUGACGCCGGGAAUCUGUCAAGAUGA